AUGAUACUUCCGAUUGACCCACCAAAUAAAUUAUCGUUUAAGCGCUUUAUUAAAGAUGGAGAUUUGGUCAUUGUGUAUGAGAGGCAUGACACAAUGAAAGCAGUGAAGGUAAGUGAGAAUAGGGUUCUGCAGAAUUGUUUUGGUGCUUUUAAGCAUUCUGAAUGGAUAGGUAAAACUUUUGGGUCCAAGGUUUUGAGUAACAAAGGUGCUUUUGUUUACUUGUUAGGUCCAACUCCUGAGGUAUGGACGCUCGUACCGAGUUACAGAACCCAGAUCCUUUAUAUAGCUGAUAUUAGUUUUGUUGUUAUGUACCUGGAGAUCGUUCCUGGUUGUGUGGUACUUGAAUCUGGUACUGGAAGUGGAUCUUUGACAAGUUCGCUUGCAAGGGCUGUUUCCCCCAUUGGCCAUGUUUAUACCUUCGAUUUCCAUGAACAGAUAGCUGGCUCAGCUAGGUAA